UUAACGGAUCUCACGGUUGUUAACAUGGACCGGGGAUGUUUCUCGACCCGUUUUCUAACGGUUUCCAGUCAGCAACGGACUAACGGUGUGUGGAAAUGUGUCUACUUCUUGUUAUUCUGCUGAAUAAUCGUUUCAGUUUGGAUUUUAUCUUCAAGAAAACUGCUUUUUUUGGGAAGUUUGAAACCAACUGGCGCUCUUUUGAUUUUAACGUGUGUGGGAAUGUAACAAGCUAACAUUUUUUUUAAAUAACUUUCACAACUUUCAUCGAAUGGAUACCAUUACAUAGAUGAUAUUGGAGUAUUUGUACAUCUUUUUGUGAUUUGUGAAGGUCUUUUUUGGAGGUGAAAGUGGACUAUUCCCUUUGGAAAAACGUCAAGUUUUCAUCACUUAGCUUGCGGCGAAGAAUGCUAUAUUCUGGUUAUUAUUUCAACUGUUCCGGUAGUUUUGUUGUCUUUACGUGAAUUAAAAACAACAAUGAUUUCCGAGGAGAGAAGCAGCCACGUAAAUAAACAAGCCCUAAACUUCCCAGUGGGUUUACUGAUCCGCUCCCCUAAGAAGCGACUGGCCAAACUGGGGAGGAAACCCAGCAAUGGAUCUCUCCAGUCAAACCACUCGGACACCACCGUCCGCUCCACAGAGAGCGUGGGUGUCCGGCAGCCGGCCAAGAGCAAAAUCCGCCGCCACAACAACAACCGGCUUUCGACUGUUUUCAACCACAGCCCCUGCAGUGGCCGCCGGGGCCAGGCGCCGGGUGCUGCCGACGACCCUGCAGAGCUGUCCAGUCAAAUGUCUGUCCCUGGCAUCCUGAAGAUCUUCGGCAGCGACAUCUGUCAGGGGACCAACUACAAGAGCGUGCUGGCCACCAUACAGUCCAGUGCAAAGGAGCUGGUGAAGGAGGCCUUGGAGAGGUACUGCCUAGAGAAAGAAGACGCCAACGACUACGUGCUCUGUGAUGUGAUCGGCCAAACGGGCGCAGACAACCAGUGGAAGAGGGAGUGUUUCCGGGUGGUGGGAGACAACGAGAAGCCCCUAUUACUGCAGUCACUUUGGAAACCCAAGGAAGGAUUCUCAAGGCGUUUUGAAAUCCAGCUGAGAGCGAGCGUCCAAGAACAAAGUUUAAAAGACAGAGACACAGUCACAGCAGGCAUCAAUGCUCAGGCUCGAAAGCUGCAGAAGAGCCGCUCCAGAGUGACCUCGCUGUUUGUGGACGGCAGCGGGGACGAUGUGGACGGACUGGGGAUCUGGAGGAGUCUCAGCGAGAUGGAUCUGUCUGCGAUGGGGAAGGAGGCCAGCCGGGCCCAGCAGAGCGCGCUCAGAGAGGAUCCAGAGGCCGAGGCCGACAAGGAGGUGCUGCGACUCGGCAUGGAGAAGGAGGAGACGGAGAGCAGCGACGACAACACCACCCAGUACUCCAUUCACCCUCCCUUUGACUUCCCGUACUUCCUCCUGCUGCAGGGCUACAGCCAAAGACAGGAUUUUGUCAUUUACCUGAUGAGUGGGACCACCACCAUCUUUGGCUGCUGCAGGGAGCACUGUAACGGAGAAGACGAGGAAAGGUUAAAGGUCGACAUCCUUCUCUUUGCCCCUGACGUGUUUCCACAACACUGCUGCGUCAGACGCCUGGACUCUAACACAGGGGAGCACAGAAAGACUCUGACGAUGCUGAAGCCCCUGCAUGGUGCUCCUGUGACAAGAAAUGGUUUCCUCCUUAAAGAGGAGGUGGAACUGAACCCGGGGGACUUGGUGGGCUUAGGGAAACACUAUCUGUUCAUGUUUAAGGAUCCUACCAGCACAUCCGGGUCCCUGCAGACUCCUCCGUGGAUGACCACACUCUGCCCAAACUCUGACACAAAGACAUCAUCCUCUUGUUUAUCAUGUGGCUCGUCUUUCGCCAUCAAAAGCCUGCAGAGGAAGUCUUUACUGUCGUGUUGGAGAGACCUGGAGGGAAAAGAGGCUUUGGUGAUCUACGAGCUGGAGCAGGAGGAGAGAGUCCUGCAGGAGGUUUUGGAUAUGUUGGACCCUAGUGGAAAUGAACCAAAGCUGACACCUGCUUUCCUGCUGAGCCUUUGCAUCCAGCAUUCAGCCUCCACCUUCGAGCUGACUCACUUCAGACAGCUGCUGCUCCGGAUAGCUGGACAGAUCCAGCUCGUUAUGUGGGAGAAGACAAAGGAACUUGCAGCGAUCCAGCCACAAACGAGCUCUAAUGACGGGCAGCCGGAGCAUCUUCAGCUGCUCAGCAUGGAGGAGCUGAUCCCAGGUCUGCAGCCUCUGGUGCUGUGGAUGGCCAACUCUAUCGAACUGCUGCACUUCAUCCAGCAUGAAGUCCCUCAACUGCUGCCCUGGAGGCAGGAUCAGGAGGACGAAGGUCUGUUGGACUCUGCAAUUUCCUCCACUCAGACAGCCUGUGAGGAAGCCAUGACGGUCCUAGAGGAAGUCAUCAUGUUCACCUUCCAGCAGUCUGUCUACUAUCUAACAAAGAGUAUGUAUUCAGCGUUGCCCGGACUGCUGGAUGGGAACCCGUUCUCAGAGAGUGGCCAGCUGCGAGUGCCUGAUGGACUUGGUGGCAUCCUGGAGGUGCUGAAGGAAGCGCUGAAGCUUCUCACGGCCUUCCAGGUCCAUCCAGACAUCUCGUCACAACUCUGUGCCUACCUGUUCUUCUUCAUCAACGCAUCACUGUUCAACGCCCUCAUGGAGAGAGGAUCGGUCGCUGGGUUCUACCAGUGGUCCCGAGGGGUUCAGAUCCGGGCCAACCUGGACCUGCUGAUGGAUUGGGUCCAGAGCAUCGGCCUCGGCGAUCUGGCCAACGAAUUCUUCCAGAAGCUUUCUACUGCUGUCAAUCUGCUGGCCACACCCAAAGAAACCCUCCUGCAGGCGUCCUGGGCUUCCCUCAGGACAGAGUUUUCUGGCCUGAACGCUGCUCAGCUUCACCACAUGCUGCGGGAGUACAGCUCUGGUAAAGCCUGUCCCACCGGAUGGACCCCGACACUGGACGAUGCAGACGAAGUUGUCAGGACGGCCGACAUCUUGGAGAGCUUCGACAGCCACCCGCCGCUCAUCCUGCCCAGCAGCACGUUUCACCUGGAGCUGUGUAAACCCGUCGUGGAGUCCGCUCUGUUCGAACAGCUCAGCCAUCUGCAGGAGUUCAUACGCCGACUCUCCCGCAGUGAAACCCAAGCCGAGCCCGAUGUGGAGGAACAGGCAACCACAGACAGCCAGUCUACAACCUCGUCCUCCGUAAGAGUCUUCCAGGACCCUGCCCAUCAGGCGGUCUCUGACCCGGAUACCUGCCAGGACCCUGCCUCCCCAGUGGAGCCGUCUCAGGCCCGAGGAUCUCACGGUGACCUGAGCAGCUGUGAGGCGGUCCUGACCCAAAAGCUGAAGAGCCUGGAGCUGCAAAACACCCUCCCAGGAGGACAGAUCGACAUGGGCUACCACAAGAGCAUGGCACUGGACCCGUCCUGCCUGCUGACUCCACCCAACACCCCGCAGGGCAUGGAGCUGGCCGAGCUGGAGGCGGAUCUGCAGGAGGGCGCCCGCCAGCAAAAGAAAGCUAGUGGAUGUGCAGACGGGAAGACGGAGAAUGUAGAAGAAGAAGAAGAAGAAGAAGAAGAAGAAGACAGAGAGGAAGUGUUCACGGUGGAGCUUCACAGAGGACCUCACGGUCUCGGUCUGGCGCUCGUAGAUGGGACGAAAACACAGCUGAGAAUGAGCGGCAUUUAUGUGAAGUCAGUGGUGCCCGACUCUCCUGCCGCUCAGUGUCAGAAACUGAGAACGGGCGAUCGCAUCCUGGCUGUUAACGGCAUCAGCGUGGUCGGGAUGGAGUACAACAUCGGGAGAGAACUCAUCCGAUCCUCAGGAGAAUCCCUCAGACUGCUGGUGGCCAAAAUCGACUCAAAGACGAGCGACAAGGGCUCGGCUACGACUAAAUGCUGAAGCGAGAGCUGUGUGUGGACGAUCACGUGCAAUUGGGAAUACCCGGAGGACGUUUGGUUCAUCCUUUCUGCUGCAUCCAAAGUCAGUAUUUCUCACAGAAAGGAUGAAGGGAAAACACACUUCUCAUUUCAGACUUGUUGUGUGGAAUAGAGCUGUUUUCUGUGCAUCGAGACAAUCAGACUGAGGGCACGGUCAAGUUUUUAAAAGAUCAUUUUGCUGUCACAGCUUCUUUCUGGCCUAUAAAUACACUCUCAUAAACCACCAGGGUUUGGCGGUGAGUGAAGUAGCUGCCUGUGGCUGUUGGCAAACAUCUUAUUUGAAUGUCUGAGUUCACAGUAUUCUGUCUGAAGAGCUUCAUCGAGCGGAUUCAUGUCUGGUAACAACUGCAUUUAUUCUGAAAUGAAUCUUCUUACUUAUGGCGGUUUAAUAGGGAGUCAUAAAUUCAUAUUUCAUUGCACAGAUAAAUGUGUCGUUGGACAUCAAAUAUAUUUGUUAAUAUUCUGUCUUUUGGAACACAUUUCUGUACAUUUCUCAGAACAAGGAAAAACACACUGAGACCAAACAGAUUCAUCUCAAUUUACCGGGAGAUUUCUUUCUUGUUUUAUGGAAAAACAAUUAAGAAAAUAGGAUUAUCUUUGAUCUUUGAUUAUCUGUAAAUCAUCACUAAGGUUUUUCCACUGUGAAAUCUCUUUUAUAUCGAUUGAAAGACGAAAAGUUCAGCAGGUCAAGUGACUAUACAUGUCCAGGUUAAAGGGUAACUUUGGCAUUUUACAACUUUGUCCCUAUUUUCCCACGUUAAGUUCCCCGUUUAGUGGAGUGACAUUGCAUCUACACACUAAUAUGUACAGUUGUUAUAUUGAAAUGAAGGAACAGUUCAACAUUUUGGGAAAUAUGGUUAUUAACUCAUUGUUAGAUGAAAGGGUUAAUAGUAAAUAAUGUUGAACUUUUCCUUUAAAGCCUUACUGUCGGAGGUGUGGGGAUGAAAAACAUCAGCAGAUAUGUUUGAAUAUGUUUAACACGACAAAGCUGCAGCCCUCAUCUAAAGUCUGUCCGUGUUUUCAUCCCAAAUGUUUUUAAAGUAAAGACACACAGUAUUAUUCACAGUAUUUUGUAAUAUUUAUAUUGAGCAGUAUUUUUGGAAACUAUGGAAUAAAUAUUAUUUUGAUUUUGAAAACCUC